AAUUAAUAAUAAUAGCAAUAUAUUUCCAACAUUCCUCGGGUUUGUUCGGAAAUACUCUGAAACAACUACGCGAAAAGGCCACCAGCAUUUACAAAACCAAAAAGAAAGGCGUCAAUUUGGAUUUCAUGGGCAACGCGUUGUCCGAUUAUCCGGGAACGAAUCCAAAAUAUAUCAAAAUCAACGAAGAUCUCUGGGAAGAAUAUUACAGCUGCCUCAAGCACCAAGAAGAGAAUUUGGGCUCGUAUUUAUCCAUGAUCCCUCAAGCCAUUCUGGGAUUCGAAGGCUCCAGCAUAAAGCUCGAAUGCAGGAUAUGCAUUAGCCCUUUGGAAAAGGAAAACAAGGAGUUGAUACAGUGGGAGUGGGCCCCAAUAGAAGGAAAGCAUUUGGAACCGGUCGAUUACAACGAAAACAUAGUUAUUUCUCCCAAAGACAAAACGCUGCACUUGUACAAUUUAGAAACCAGCCAUUCCGGGCAGUAUAUGUGCCUUUUAGGAGAGUCCUCAACGACACCGUAUUUUCUAACGAUUGUCGCCUUAAACGAAAGCGAAUUCGUUCAAGUACACAGCCGGACAAAUCCGACGGGACCUUAUCCAAAAGAUUUCGAAAAUAUCGAUCAAUACGGCUUGAUUUUGGACACUGAGUGGAGCGAAUGGUCG